UCAGAUGGCUCUGUGUAAAGUGAAAUCUCUAUUUCAAUUUUUGUAAAAUGUCGAUAAUUUGUUUUUUGUUACUUGAUAUGAUUAUCUACAGUUUACUGAUGUUUUUAAAACAAGCGGGCCAUCACUCUCCAACUUACUCUAUAUAAAAGUAGUUAAAUGGCUGAAUUAUAGGCAGAAGUAAUGACCGGGGUGGAGACACUAGGGCUAUCAAACGUGCAAAAAGCCAUUGAUAAGUUGCUGGACCGCGGUUGCAACACGGUUGUUCUCACUUUGGGAGAAUUGGGAGCGGCGUUCGCAUCCAAGGAGUGUAGGACUGCCACUGUAAUUCCCAAUGCCAAAAUUGUGCAACCCGUCGACACAACUGGAGCCGGGGAUGCAUUUCUGGGAGCUCUUGCAUAUUUCAAAGCGUAUCACCCAGCGCUUCCGAUGAACGAGUGCAUCCGAAGAGCCUGCGUGAUCGCCACGGAAUCCGUCCUGAAACUCGGCACACACAACAGUUUUCCAACCAGGGACAACUUGUCACCGGAAUUGUUUGUAUGAGACAAUAAAAAACGAUUCUUGUACCAUUAGCGUA